UCUCCUUCUAUUGGCAAUUCCCAACCUCUUUCACUUGUACUAUUUUCCAUGUCGUUGUAAUCUCAAAUUCCAAAAUUGUAAUUUCGUAUUACCAAAGAUCAUCAAGUGCAUUAGUUCUCAAAGACGAAAUUCAAGUUUUCACAUUCUCAAAGGAUUUGCGACAGAAGAAAAGAUGACUGAUCAGAGCACCGAAGGAAAUAUGACUGAUGGUAUUCUCGCUAGUGCUGUUGCUGAGACAAUGCUGGAUAAGGUGAUUUUAGUUGCUACUGAGCACAUCAACUUUGCUUGGGGUUUCAAGGAGGAGCUCACACAGCUUCGUGACUCAUUCACCACGAUUCAAGGUUUGCUGGCUGAUGCGAAGAGGAGGCAAGUGAGAGAAGAGUCGAUGAGGGAUUGGUUUCAGAGGAUUGCAAAUAUUGCUUAUGAUGCGGACAACGUGCUGGAUGAGCUAGCUUACGAGAUUCUCCGGCGAAAGGUGGAGAUUCGAAACCAAAUGAAGAGAAAGGUAUUCUUCUUCUUUACAUUUUCAAAUCCCAUUGUAUUCUUCAUCAGGAUGGACAACAAAGUUAAGAAUAUCCACAAAUUGCUGAAAGAUAUUAAUGUUGAUGUAAAUGAAUUUGCAAAUCCUGAGAUUAUCCCAAACCGAGAGACAGACUCCUCUGUUGAUGAUUCAGAAAUUGUAGGAAGGGGAAAUCAUGUCUCAGAAAUAGUAGACUUGCUGCUUAGAGCAACCAAUGAACAACUCUCGGUCAUUCCUAUUGUAGGAAUGGCAGGUUUGGGAAAGACAACUUUAGCAAAACUCGUGUACAAUCACGAGCUAGUAGAGAGACAUUUUGAUAUGACGAUAUGGGUAUGUGUCUCUGAUGAUUUCAAUGAUACCAGGAUUUUGAGAGAGGUUCUAGAAUCCCUUACCCAUCACUCAAGUACAUUAGAAAAUAAGAAUACAAUAUUAGAGUGCCUUAAAAAAAAGUUGCAAGGAAAAAGAUAUCUUCUAAUACUCGAUGAUGUAUGGAAUGAAGAUCCUGUGAAGUGGGAUACUUUAAGGAGUUGUCUGUUAGAAAUUAAUCCGAAUGCUGGAAGCAGCAUUAUUUUAACAACUCGUAGUGAAAAGGUGGCACAAAUCACACGGACACUUCCACUAUGUCACUUAGGAAAUCUUUCAGAUGAUGAAUGUUGGUUCAUAAUAAAGAAAAAAGUAUCUCUAAAUGAAAGAGUUCCGCUAACUCCAGAUUUGGAGGCUAUUGGAAGGGAUAUUGCCAAAAAAUGUAGAGGAAUCCCAUUAGCUGCAAAUGUCUUAGGAGGGAUGAUGUGUCAUAGAAAAGAGAAAAGUGUAUGGUUAGCAAUUCAACACAAUGAAAUUUGGAAUUCCCUACAUGGUGGCAGUGAAAUACUAUCAACAUUAAAAUUGAGCUUCAGUCACCUUCCGUCACCAUCUCUUAAACAAUGCUUUGCAUAUUGUUCAAUUUUUCCUUAUGAUUUUAAGAUUAACAAGGAAGAAUUAAUUCAGCUUUGGAUGGCAGAAGGGUUUCUUCAACCAUCUCAAGGAAGCAGUUUGGUGAUGGAGGAUAUUGGUAGCAUGUAUUUUGAUAUCUUGUUAACAAAUUCCUUAUUCCAGGAUGUGGAAAAGGAUGAUUGUGAUAAUGUUAAGAGUUGUAAGAUGCAUGAUUUGGUACAUGAUUUUGUGCUCUUUGUUUCAAAAUUUGACACCCUAAUAUGGAAUGGAUAUUUUGUGGAUGAUAUAAAAAACGAACGACGUUUAGUCAUCCAAUCUACCAGAGAAACUAGACCAUUUUCAAAAGACAAAGUUAGGAAAUUGCAUACACUGGUUUUAGAAAAUGCUACGCUUGGGGACACAUUUUCAGAUUUUACAUGCUUACGUGUUCUAAAACUAUAUGGGGAAUCCAUUCGAGAAUUGUCGAGUUCAAUUGUCCAAUUAAUACAUUUGAGGCUUUUGAACAUCUCAUGUACCUCCAUCAAAGUAUUACCGAAGUCCAUCACCAAGCUCUACAGAUUGCAAACUUUGAGAAUUGAAUAUUGCCCUCAACUCAGAGAGCUUCCAGAAGAUAUAAGAAAUUUGAUUAACUUGAGACAUAUUUGUGUUGAUCGUAAUUACAUAAAGCAGACACCUAAAGAUGUGGGGAAGUUGAUUUGUUUGCAAACAUUAUCAUUUUUCACUGUGGGUCAAGACGUAGGUCUUCAAAUCAAAGAAUUAGGAAACCUAGACCAACUUAGAGGAGAAUUAGACAUCUACAAUCUGCAGCAUGUGAAAGAUAAAAAAGAAGCUCAGAGUUCAAAUUUAGAAGGAAAGGAAAAAAUACACAAGUUGAGAUUUUUCUGGAGUCGGGACAGAGAAUACAACAACAAUAACGAUGAAGAGGUGUUGGAAGGCCUCCAACCUCACAAACAUUUAAAAAGAUUAACAAUUGAAGGCUUCCAAGGGAAGACAUUCCCAUCUUGGUUGUUGACAACUCGUGAUGCUGCAGUUGAUUUGCGUCUUUUUGAAAAUUUGAUUGAUAUUAAUUUAAGAUAUUGCAGUUCAUGUAAAGAAGUUCCCACUCUCGGACGUCUACCCCAUCUUAGGGUUCUUCAGAUUAUAGGAAUGUGUAAUGUAAAGUGUAUAGGAACGAGGUUUUAUAGCUUUGAUUUUGAGAGUACCAGAUAUCCAUUUUUCCCUAUGUUGAGAAGACUAGAAUUGAAGCAGAUGUACAACCUAGUUGAAUGGAAAGAUGCAUCGGAGCUAGCAACCGCAGUUGGGGUGUUUCCUUGUCUUGAGGAGCUGACCAUUGAAGAAUGUCACCAAUUGAAAAGUGCUCCAUGUGAUUUUCCAUUUCUUCAAAAGUUAUGGAUCUCUAAAAUCAGGAGCAUGGCAUUCGAAAAUAUUAGCAGCAAGCUCACCACACUCAAAUCCCUCUACAUUAAAAAUGUGUCAGAACUUGCUUGUCUGCCAGAGCAACUUCUCGAAAACAAUAAAGGUCUAAAGUCUCUACAGAUACGGAGGUGUCAUGAGUUAGAGACCAUCUAUCAAGAUGCAUUGCGAACCAUCCUUGGUCUUGAGGAAUUCAUAGUAGAGAGUUGUCCUAAUCUAAGGUCUCUCCCAAGUAUCCAAGGCAUUGCGUCCUUUCUUCGUUGCUUGGAGAUAUCAUGUGGUGAUGAAGUUCUAUCAAUUGAGCUACAAUUAUGUGCGUCUCUUUCAAUAUUGAUGAUAAAAGAGUGCCCUAAUCUGAUGUCAAUUCCGAAUCUACAAGAAUUAUAUUCUCUUGUCCGAUUAGAAAUAGAGAAUUGUCCUAAGCUAAUAUCUAUUCCAAAUCUGCUGGGACUAAAUUCUCUUUCCUCUUUAGAAAUAGAGAAUUGUCCUAAUCUGAUAUCCAUUCCAAAUUUAAGGGGACUAGAUUCUCUUUCCUCUUUAGAAAUUUUCAAUUGCCAAAAGUUGACGUGUUUGCCAGAGGGGUUAGAUAGCCUCUAUGAGUUGGAGACUUUGGCGAUUGGUGGGUUUUGUGAGGAGCUCGAAACUUUCCCAAGUCUCAGUUCCAUGAUCCCACAGUUGGAUUGUUCGCUUAAACAGCUAUAUUUAUAUGGGUGGACUAAACUCAACUCUCUCCCGGAUGAAAUUAAAAUUUUCACUGCCCUUACAAGUUUGUGGAUACUCGAAUUCCAUGGAAUAGUAGCUUUGCCUGACUGGUUGGGCAGCCUUUCUACUCUUGAAGAGCUUUAUUUGAAUACAUGCAACAACCUGAUGAAUCUGCCCAGAUUAGAACGCCUCAUCAAAUUAGAAAUUAUUAAUUGUCCUAAAUUAAAAGAAAGAUGUGCAAAGGAGACUGGAGAAGAGUGGUUCAAAAUUUCCCAUAUUUCAAAUGUCCACAUAUAUUGAUUAAAGGAAAGAAGUGCAAAGGGAAGCUGCAGAUAUUUUGAUGUCUCCUGCCAAACAAAAAUGACCCAGAAUUCCAAAUAACACAAAAACGAUGUGGGUUAUUUGAUGACUGCUGUCCAACUAGGGGAAGAACUGAAAUGCAUUCAUUUGCAAACAAGUUCAGGAUUCUUCCCCAUUGUUGAGGAUAGUUGAUACAAAGCCACAUUUUGGGGGUCUCUUCUUUUGGUGAGCUAACAGCUAAGCCCUAGUUUUUUAUCAGCCAAACUUUGACGCCUAGGCACAUUCUUAGAUGUAGGCAUCAUGCUUGAGGAUCUUUGGGCUUUGGCAGAGUGUUGGGCCAACUUUUUCUCUCCAUAAAAGCUGAAUUUUGCGAUACAAGAAUGCUACCAUCCAGAAGCAAAGGAAGAGGUCCAAUCCCGUCCUAAGGAGAUGCUCUUUGGUGUUAGCUAAGUGGAAGGUUUUUUAGCGGUCAAGAAUUUGUUGGAAGUUGUUGCCAUGUGAUGCUCACUUUACAGCAAAAGCUGGAUAUUUCUUAUUGUUUUCUGCCAAAAUGGUUAAGAAUUGCAUAGAGUGUAUGGGCAAUGUUAUUUUCAUUACUAUCUGAUUGGAGUUCAUUAAAAUUUUGGGUUGGCAAUUUUAUCUCUUCGGUAUUUGGUACUUAUUGGACGCAAGAACCAUGUUUAUUUGCUGAAAAUGGUUGCCAUGCCUCAACUGAUGAAAUUGCAAUGCCUGUCCAUUCAUAAUUGGCCCAUGUUAAAGGAAAGAUGUGCUAAGGGCAUCAUCAUAGAGUGGUCCAAAGAUGUACUUACAUAUGAUUGUUUUGGCCUUACGUGGAGGGGAAAUGGAAGAUUUGAACCACUUACCUUUGCUUCAUGAGGUGUGAUCCCCAAUUGAUUCUGCUACCCCUAGGAGUGAUGCCUCCCAAAACAUGGGAGUUGCAAAGUUUUAUUAUCUACAUUAAAAGGAAUUCCAAUCCCUAAAAGUCCAGCAUCUGACAGGAUGGUGUGGCUGGGGGAGAAAUCUGGCAAUUUUUCUGUUAACUCAGCCUAUUGGUUUAACCACCAUCACAAGUUUUUUAAGCUCAGGCACUCGCAGCAAGAUUUGGUUUAAAUGUUGAAAGCUGUGUUCUGUGGUCGGGGUUGAAAUUGAACCUCUUUUUUCAAAGUGUCCUAUUGCUAGAAUGACAUGGUUUGGAGUUGGUCAAACUUUUGGUUGAUCCUCCAAAUCAGUUGGUCAUUAGUGGAAUGAAUUCUGGGCUAUUUACUUUGGUGGCAGCAGUGAUUGUGGAUGUGAUUUGGAGACUCAGAAAUGCAGUUCAGUUUCAGGUUGAGAAGGGUUGUCGCAAGGUGUUGCCAUUAAGAAUUAAUCAAAAUUUCUCAAGCUUCCAAGGAGCUUCAAAUGUGAAGUGGCUAGAAUUGAGAGAGAGAAGGCAAGUUAAAUGGGAAACUCCCCCAGUCAACAGAAAAAAUCGAUGCAGCAGAGAAUAGUGGUCAAGUUUGUCUUUCUAGUUUGUUAGGGACCACAAUGGCAGAAUGCUAUUGGCUUGGACGACAAAAAUCCCAUGUUAAGAAAUGCAGUUUGGGUUGUUCUUCAAGAAGAGCUAGAUAAAGUCAUUAUAGAGGGGGAUGCUGAAGCCGUCUUAUAUUCAGUUGCAGGCCCUUAGAAGGCACACAGUUGGGAAAUAGCUCAGUUUGUGCAAGAUGUGAGGCAUUGUUGCAGAUGAGUUUUAGUGGCUUUUGUAAUCCAUAAUAUGCUUUCCUUGACCAAAUCCAAGACAGGGCAAUAAGGAUAGGAGCAAUUUUCAUUUCCUCCUCCACCCCUACUUAAAAAAAAAUUUCAAGUCUUGCAAAUUUUUAGCGUGAGUUUGUAACUUUAGAUGUCAUUUCAUCCUUUUCAUGUUAAUAUUCUGAUAUCUGUGGUUUUCAAUUGUUGAUAUGAUUAUCCUAGAGUUAUAACUAAAUUAUUAAAUUCACAAUUUCCUAAUAACUUAAGUUUUUGGUUCAAUCGGUAAUUAAUCUUGGUAUCAGAGCACGAAGUCCUGAGUUUGAUCCCUACUUUACACUACCUCAUUUAAAACGUUAAAAAUCCCAUGUGUUGGGCCCCACUUAUUAAGGGGGAAUCUUAUCCCACACAUGAGGGGGAGUUUUAGAAUUAUAAUUAAAUUAUUAAAUUUAUAAUUUCCUAAUAGCCUAAGUCUUAUCAAAUUGCAAUAGUAGACAGUUUAUUUCUUCCAAUUUUAAAGAUACUUUACAAAGCCUCCAUUUUGGAACCUAACUUUCCUUUGGUUACUUGAGCUUUUUUCCAACUUUGACUCCUAAUUACAUCCUCACUUGGGGGCAAUUAAAUGUUGAUGAUGUUGGUGCCUUUCCAGGAUGGUGGGGUAACUUUAUCUCUUCAAGAACUGAAGUUUAGGUGUAAGGAUGCUACUACCUUUCUUCUAUGCAAGAGCUACUGUCCCUUCCUAUCGAAAGCUAAGUGGAAGAUUUGCUAGAGUGUUGGAGGAUUAAUUUUAACAUAUGGCAAUGUGAAGCCUUAUAAUACAGUCGGCUGGAUAUUUUUUAUGUUCACUUGGGAAGGGAGACGGAAGUAGGCAGCCAGAGUUGUUCAGAGGUCAAUUAGAACCAUAUAUAUAUAUAUAUAUAUAUGCAAGUGUUGAUGAGCAUACAAUACUUGGCAUCACUACUGACAAUGCAACAAGGUUCUUGACAAUUCUUCCUCUUUUAAAACCUUUGUUAUUAUGGUCUCCACUAUUGCAGUGACUUCAACAGUUAUGAGUCUUUUUUUCUACAGCUUUAUUGUCUUAAUUAGGGGGCCAACUUGUUUGGGUGCUGAGUUCACACAAAAGUUCAGAGGAUAAUUUCCUACAAUUUGAUAAGGUCAGCUGUGGCAAAAAUUGAUAUAAAAUAGUUUGAACUACCUGUACGUUGAAAAUUUCCUCAACCUUUUGGAUAAAAGUGAGAUGUGCAUUCGUUUGGUAGAAGGCUUAUCCUUGUUUGAUUUGACCCAGCAGAAUCACAUGGAAACUUGCCCACUCGAGUAGCUGCAUAUAUGCAUGGCCAUGCUAUCCUUUUAAAACUUUUUUGAAUCUCAGACAAGUGGAUUCUACUCAAUGUUAAACCAACACAUAAGCUAGUCAGACCAUGUCCUGCUAUGUCUCUCCACUUCCAUCUUUGGUAUCAGUAACCAUUGUUGAAACUUUACUCACGACUAGAGUUUGCCCUGGGCAAGACUGAACAGUAGCCUUGAAGGCUAGAGCCUAUCUUUGGUUCUUAUGAUUUUGUGCCGACAUAUGGGCUGUGAUUAAAGGCAUGUGUUUACAGUAUCCUUUUUCUUGAAAUUAAGAAAUUUGUUUCGAGAUGCUAUUAGCUUUCAUAGUAUUGUAGAUAAAGAAAGUUUAUCAAAAAGGUUCUGCUUUGUACCUCUAGCCAUUUUUAGGAAUGUUUUACUUUGUACUAGGAACCAUUUUCAGGGUGAUUUGUGUUAUUUCAUUGUCAUUCUUAUUCAUGAUAUACUUUAUAAAAGGGCUACUCUUCGACUGACAUGAUUAGUCAGCAACUUU